CAGCUGCAAUCAGCAUCGGUUCAAUGAGCAACGCUUUAUGCCUCCUCCUUCUAAGUCUUUGCCUAGGCAUAGCUUUAGCUCAGCAUCUGCCACCAAAUAAUUGUGGCAAUAUCUUUCACUAUGAACGUUUCAAUGAUCGGUGGAUAGGACGUGUCACGCCCCCACAAGAUGGCUUAAAAAGUUUGGAUUGGCUCAUACGUUUUGUGGCCCAUGGAUCAAAUAUUGCUGGAACUGUGAGUAAUUUGCAUCCAUAUCCAAACAAGGAGAAAGCCUACGAAAAUAUGUUUGCCGGUGGACGAGGCGAGAGCUAUGUGACCUUUGACAAUUUUCAUGACGAAUUGCCAAAAAUAGUUCGAGUUGAAUUAAAUGGACAAGUGUAUUGCACGGCCAGCGAAUAUGGAGCUCCCUCAACCACAAUGACCCGAAAGCAGCACAUUUCUGUUUCAACAACUACUCAAAAUGUGGGACAUCAUCCAGUGGUAUAUCAAAAGCCGAAACCGGCACCCACUCCACCACCAACUCCACCGCCAACAAGAACUCCAAUACGUCUACCGAAUUUCAGCAACAGCGGCGGUGGCGGUGGAGGUAGCAGCAGCAACAAUAAUGGUUGGCAGGGCAAUCCCUUCCUGCAAGGAUUCUUUAAACCAGAGACCAUACAUGUGGACAGCCCAUCAAAUAGUUUGGAUGAAUGCGGCGUGGAAGGAUUCGCAGCUUUGCAGGCUGGCGGAGAAAUCCUACCCAGAGGACGCUUCCCAUGGCUUGCGGCUCUCUAUUCGGGCACCACGGAUUUGGUUUAUCGAUGUGUAACCACAUUAGUCUCAAAACGUACCGUCAUCACGGCUGCCCAUUGCAUUUAUAGUAUGGAUCCUGAUCGUUUGAGAGUCUAUUUGGGGCGACAUGAUCGCAACAUGAAUCCCGAAAAGGGAGCCACUCUAAUGCGAGUGCAAAGUGUGCGUACUCAUCCGGACUUUAUUGGCAAUGUGGUCCCAGAUUCGGAUGUGGGCUUGCUGGUGUUAACCGAAACUGUGAUAUACUCGAACUAUAUAAGGCCGAUUUGCUUGUGGACCAGUACCACACAUUUGGGCAUGAAUGACAACGAUGUGGCCGCUGUAGCGGGUUGGGGCCUUGAUGAAAAUGGCAAGGAAACUCAAUUCCCCAAGACAGUCCGUGUGCGAACUGUGUCAAGAGAGGAAUGCCUGCGUGAAAUGGUUACAGCCAAGGAUUUCCUAACCCCGCGCACAAUCUGCGCUGGCAAUAGUCAGGAACAUGGACCCUGUCUGGGCGAUUCCGGUGGCGGAUUGAUGGUAUUGCGCAACGAACGAUGGAUGGUCCGUGGAAUUGUCUCACUGGCUCAGCGCCGUGGAGAUAACUGCGAUCUAUCUCGCUUCGUGAUCUACUGUGAUGUGGCCAGGCAUUUGAACUGGAUAGAGCAAAAUAUUGUCAGAUAAUUUCCCCGAGAACCGGAGACUGCCCUAAACAGGUAAAGCACCUUAAAAUACACACAUCCAUAGGAGGUAAACAGGUAUUUAUAGAGAUGAUGUUGAACAAUCAAUAUGACAUAAGCCAAGACAAGAAGCCAACCGUUUAAUUUACUAUAAAUCAAUCAAUCGAAUUGAUGCCAUAAAAACUAAGAAAUUCUCAAUAAAAGCGAAAGCACAUUUAAAUAUGUA